AUGCUUGUCCUGUGUGGAACCAGGGUUAACCAAUUAGAGCCAGAACACAGGGGGGUGUGGCUGGUGGCUCCUCUGAUAGCCAAACUUCCCAGCUCAGUCCAGGGGCGCGUGCUCAGGUCUGCAGGACAGGUGCUAGAGAGUGGGAACAACUUCUGGUCUUCUAAAAAUAAGUCUGAAAAGGACAGGAGUCUACAGAAAAGCACCUCAUUACUAAGUCACCAGCCGUUCCUGUCCCUGGUGUUAUCAUGUCUAAAAGGCCAAGAUGAGCAGAGAGAGGGUUUACUGACCUCACUUCAUAGUCAGCUGGAGAAGUUUGUCAAUAAUGCCAAAGAGGGUAAAUUUCCAGAGGAUAGCAAGACUCAGCAGAUUGUAGAGGAGGCCCUUCAACUGAGACUGAGCUUGGCUGGAGGAAUGUUUGAUACAAUCCAAAGAAAUUCCCAAGCCACAACAGAUUGGGCUGUGCUGCUGCUACAGCUGGUCUGUAAUGGAGUCAUAGAUACCCAGAAUAACAGUGACCUGUUCUAUACUGUGUUAGACAUGCUGUCUUCACUCAUUCAUGGCUCUCUGGUCACUGAUAACUCAGACAGCAAAGAUGAUGGAAGGAAAAUGUGGAAUUUAUUAAGCAGGAAAUUAAGGAAAGAGCUAGGAGACAAGUAUUCAGAUGGUAUCGCCCAGGUUCGCCAGCUCCUCCCCAUGUCUAAGAGCAUGUGUGAAGUAAUCACUUGUGAACCACAUGGAAGCCUGGUGGAUACUAAAGGAAACAAAAUUGCUGGCUUUGAUUCCAUUGAUAAAAAACAGGGGUUACAAGUGGCCAUGAAGGUGUCUGUCAGUCCCUGGGACCUGCUGGAGGGACACAAGAACCCCGCUCCCCUCUCCUGGCCCUGGUUUGGGGCUGUGAAGACAGAGAGGAAGCCUCUGAAAUAUGAGGACCAUCAUAGACUUAUGUUGUAUCAUACACACAACCUGUACAAGUCUUGGAGUUACUACCUGGACCCCCCACAGCUACCCCCCGAGGAGUUGGAGCCACCACCAGAAAAACAGCCUGAAGAAAAACCUGUGGAAAAACCACCAGAGGAGGAGCCCAAGACGAAGACAACCAAACCACGGCGCCAGCGCCGCGCCUCACGGGUACCUUCGCAAACACCCUAUGUGACAAGUCCAGUUCGUACAGGCUACAGUGGUUAUAGUUCAGAGAGCUAUCCAGGCGGGCCGCCACCCAGUUGGUCACUUCAGCAGCAUCCGCCAUAUUACUCUCCUCAGCAACUUCCUCCAGGUGGGCCGAGGUUUCCCAAUUCCCAGUCAAAGGCCGCCUUGAGCCAGAUGCUUCGCCAGCGAAUGCCGUCGUCGCACUCCUAUCCACCGUUAAACUCUCAGGCAGCCAUGCAGAAUCUCCAGAUGUUGCAGAAACAGCGCCAGCAACAGAUGAUUAGGAUGCAGCUGCGUGCACAACAUGGCCGUAAUAUGCAGAAUAACAUGGAGAGAAUGUACUCCAAUCCCAACAUGCAACAGCAGCAGCCGCAGUUGUCGGUGUCAGGGCAGCAACCAUUGCACCAUCUGCCGCAGCAAGGAUUAUCCCAGAAUUACAACAACUAUGGUAUGCAGUCCCAGCAAACCCAAAUGAUGGAGCCAGCUCUGCCACCUGGUGGACAAGUCCACAACACACCAACGCCCUCUACAAUGAUGUCACCCAACUUCAACCAAUCAUAUAACAGUAUGCAGGAUCAGGGCAUGAUGAAUCAGCCAAUGAGAUCGCAGUCGUCUGCUGGGUAUAUGUCAAUGGCGGCUCAGGGUCCACCUCCACAGCAGAAUAUGUAUGGCCAACCCAACAGAAUGGGUCCAGGCAUGGUCAACCAGGGGAGUCUCCAGGGUCCGGGCGGCCCUGGGGGGAUGUCAGGAGGACCAGGGGGGAUCUCCAACCAAGGGACCCCAAUGAAUGCCCCAGGGGGUAUUCAAAAUCCUGGGGGCCCUGCUCCAAUGGCAGGUUACAAUCAGAUGGGACCGUCACAACCGUCUCAGUCUUCUUAUAUGCAGAAUUUACCUACACCCCAACAUCAGCAACGAUUACAGCAGUUACGACAGCAGCAGCAACUGCUGGCAAUGAGACAACAGCAACAGCAGCAACAACAAACGCAGCAACAGCAACAGACAGCACAGUUGGUGGCACAGUUACAGCGACAAUUGACGCAACAACAGCAGCAGAAUCAGCAGCAACCACAGUACAACUCUUAUCAACAACCUCCUCCACAGUAUUGAAUGUGACUGAGGGAAAAACAUGGGAAAAUAAAACUAUAUGGUAUAGCUUGUAGAUGGUCUUGCUUUGGAGAUGACUUGCAGAGGGAUAGGAAGUUUUCUCGUUUUGGAGAAUUCUGUCCUUGUAAUAUGAUAUUGAGGUGCAGUAAAUAGUGGCUGUUAUAUCGAGUUUUGGCAGUAAAUUUAGUUUUGUUUCUUUUCCUUUGGCAUUGUAAGAGGAGGGACAAAGAUAUAGAUUCAGAGCCAUACAUUUAUGUUUGGGAAUGAUAAAAUGAUAAUAGACUGAUAAAUGCACAGAAACAAGGUGACACAUGUAUGUUUAUCUGUACUGUAGUAUUUCAGGAUUUGGUUCUGAUUAAUUUGGGCAGUGUCCAGAUGCUGCUUAUCUGCAGUUGAUGUCACUUCAAUGUGGCAUUUUACAAAAGGUCUGCACAUUUUACAGAGGUUAGAUAUACCAGUAUUUGUCAGCAGAGAGAGAGAGAGAGAGAGAGAGAGAGAGAGAGAGAUUUAUUCAAUAGAUGGGACACCUAUAGUUAACGUAACCUUAAUGUUUGAGCAUUUUUUGAGAGAAAAGCUCAGAAAAUUUAGUUUAAUGUUGAAGUAAAAUGCAAAUUAAGAUAGCCAAAGACGUCAUGUUGGGAAAUGUAUCCCGUUUACGAGUCCUUUACUGUGUAUUUACCAGCCUCCCUCGCUGUAACCAUAUAUGUGUUUUAUUCAUUCUGUAAUCCUUCUGCGCCUUCUGUAUCCCCCUUCCCAUCCCGAGCAAACGAUGUCACCAAACCAAGAUAUUUUUAUUGGAGUAUUCUUUAAGGAGGGUGGCAGCGUUUAUGUUCAUAAGACCUCAUUGUCCCUGAAGUAUUACAUAUGAAUAGAGCGUCAAGGUGGGUGGAUUGAUCAAGGUGAUAAAAAUGUUAUAAAGAUAUUGAUAUUAUUUGUAUAAAGUCGUCAUCAUAUAUAUAUUAAUUAAUCUAUAUAAGAAUGUUGUAAAUGUAGAAUGUAUGUGGUAUCAUAAUAAAUAUAUGUAUGUCAACGAGGUUCUGUGGUACUUAUACACUGACUAGAAUUUAAUGUGAGUCCCG